GUUUGUCCUCCGCCACCAGUGUCUCGAAACCCUACCUGACCUGCCGACUUAGUUGAACCACAGAGCUGGCUUCUUCCGUUCACAACUCGUAGGCAUUAUGCAAGCCGCACUUCCGAGGAUACUAGUAGUUGGAGGAAAUGGUUUCCUCGGCUCCGCUGUUUGCAAGGCAGCCCUUGCUCGAGGGAUGGAGGUGACGAGUAUUAGCUCAUCCGGGGCACCGUUCAAGACACCCAAAGGGCAUUCCCCCGCUUGGGUCUCUAAAGUAGACUGGCAAGCUGCGGAUGCGAUGAGACCCGAAACAUACUUGCACCUCCUCCCUGGUGCGACGGCAGUAGUCCAUACGCUCGGGACGCUUCUGGAGGACACACGUUACAAGAAGGCGCUCAGCGAGGGCAACAUCCCGGCUCUUGCUGGUAUUGUCGCUUCCAAUGUGCUCGGUAGUGGGCCGUCGAGCAAUCCGCUUGCUAGCGGUGAGGGCAGACCGAACAGCUACGAGUCACUGAACCGCGAUGCUGCCAUACGAGUCUGCGAGGCAUUUGUGUCCUCGACGCCUUCUGUUCCGCUUGACGGACCGCGACCUUUCGUGUAUGUCUCAGCGGAAGACAUCUUCCGACCAUUCAUCCCCGCGAGAUACAUCGAGACAAAGCGUGAAGCGGAACUGCAGAUCAGGCACAAAGUAGCCGGUAAUCCUGACUACCGGGCAGUGUACAUACGUCCAAGCCUCAUUUACCAUCCCCACUUCCGCCCGCUCACGUCGCCAAUCGCCGCAAUGCUCGACUUGUCCGCAACGAUCCACCGCACAGCGCCGCAGGGCCUGCCUACGCCCUCCGGUUUCUUGCGGUCACUCGCAUCUACCUUCCCCUCUUCCUCUUCUCCGCAAUCUCUUAUCUCAGCCUCACCCUUGGACUCAGUCGCCAACGCGUUGACAAUUCCGCCCAUUCACGUCGACCAUGUCGCCGAAGCAAUCUGCAUCGCGGCGGAUACUCGGAGAGUGGACGUACAGGGCGUCGUCGAUGUAGCGACGAUGAGGGGGCUCAUUGGAUGGUCACAAAAGGGUCAGACGCAGGCUGACGUGCAUAUACGAACGAACGUGUAGCAUGUUGUCAUAGUUCGGCCUGUAGCGUAGUGGUGUCUUCGCAGGGCUAGGAACAGGCAAUCCGACUUCCUCCGAGUAUCUCCAUGCAUGAUGACUGAUGUGAGGCGUCUCGCCCGCCGAAUGAAUUGAGAAUGUGGUAGUGCGCGGCAGGGAGGGCGGCGGGCGAGCGUGACGAAGCUGGUCGGCGAGAUGAGGCCCAGCCAGUGUCCAACCAGUGUCACCGCACCACUCUACGUUCCCUACCCGCCGACGCAGACGGGGCCCUCCCAGGCAGACGAGGUGAGCCGUUCGCACCAGCGUUCCUAUUUCGCCCUUUGACGCCGGUGGUAUUCCCGCACUUGCGCAAUCGAUUCUCGAACGACUCUCGGCCUUGCACCGCUGCCCAC